AGCGAGCGGUGGAAGCGGAGAAGCGCCGGCCUAGCCUUUGCUGUCUGUUUGCAGGGCGGACUCACAGGACCGAAGCCAAUAUGAUGCUUUCAAGGGCCAAACCUGCUGUAGGCGGGGACCUGCUGCACAUGGACAAGAGAAAGAAGAAAGGCAGGAAGGUGCCAAAACUAGAGGAGCUCCUUUCACAGAGAGAUUUCACUGGAGCUAUUACCCUGUUGGAGUUUAAACGUCAUGUUGGGGAACAAGAAGAGGAUACUAAUUUGUGGACUGGAUACUGUGCUUUUCACCUGGGUGACUACAAGAGAGCUUUGCAGGAAUAUGAAAAUGCGACAAAGGAAGAAAAUUGCAAUCCUGAAGUCUGGGUGAAUCUGGCCUGUACCUACUUUUUUCUUGGAAUGUAUAAGCAAGCUGAAGCUGCUGGAUUCAAAGCUCCAAAAAGCCGACUUCAAAACCGCCUCCUAUUUCACUUGGCUCACAAGUUUAAUGAUGAGAAGAAGUUGAUGAACUUCCACCAGAACCUCCAGGAUAUCACGGAAGAUCAGCUCAGUUUGGCCUCAAUCCACUAUAUGCGAUCUCACUACCAAGAAGCUAUUGACAUUUAUAAGCGAAUACUGCUAGAUAACAGGGAAUAUCUUGCCCUCAAUGUUUAUGUGGCUCUGUGUUACUACAAGUUGGAUUACUAUGAUGUGUCUCAAGAAGUUCUGGCUGUUUACCUUCAGCAAAUUCCCGAUAGCACCAUCGCACUCAACCUUAAGGCCUGUAAUCAUUUUCGCCUUUACAAUGGCAAAGCAGCUGAGGCAGAACUCAAAAGCUUGAUGGACAACGCUUCUUCUUCCUUCGAAUUUGCGAAAGAACUCAUCAGGCACAAUCUGGUGGUUUUCCGAGGAGGUGAAGGGGCUUUGCAGGUUUUGCCUCCCCUGGUUGAUGUCAUUCCUGAAGCCAGGCUAAACUUGGUGAUCUACUACCUUCGUCAAGAUGAUGUACAAGAAGCUUAUAACUUAAUCAAGGAUCUGGAACCUACUACUCCUCAGGAGUAUAUCCUCAAAGGAGUGGUCAAUGCAGCCCUUGGCCAGGAAAUGGGGUCGAGGGAUCACAUGAAAAUUGCCCAGCAGUUCUUCCAGCUGGUGGGAGGAUCAGCUAGUGAAUGCGAUACGAUCCCGGGGAGGCAGUGCAUGGCUUCCUGUUUCUUCCUGCUCAAGCAAUUUGAUGAUGUCUUGAUUUACCUCAACUCAUUUAAGAGUUACUUCUAUAAUGAUGACAUCUUUAACUUUAAUUAUGCCCAAGCCAAGGCUGCAACAGGCAAUACCAGUGAGGGUGAAGAGGUUUUCCUUUUAAUCCAAAGUGAGAAGUUGAAAAAUGAUUACAUUUACCUCAGUUGGUUAGCUCGGUGCUAUAUAAUGAACAAGAAACCAAGACUGGCCUGGGAACUUUAUCUCAAGAUGGAGACCUCCGGGGAGUCCUUUAGCCUCUUACAGCUCAUUGCUAAUGACUGCUACAAGAUGGGCCAGUUUUACUAUUCAGCCAAAGCCUUCGAUGUCCUAGAGAGGCUGGAUCCUAACCCUGAAUAUUGGGAAGGCAAGAGGGGUGCCUGUGUGGGCAUUUUCCAGAUGAUCUUAGCUGGGCGAGAACCCAAAGAGACCCUUCGAGAAGUGCUCCAUCUACUGAGAAGCACGGGUAACACCCAAGUGGAGUACAUCAUCAGGAUCAUGAAGAAAUGGGCCAAAGAGAACAGGGUGCCUGUCUAACAUGGCUCCAGAGGCCGAGGGAACCAGUUGCUGCUUUGACGUAAAAUUGGAAAUCGUUUUCCUCAAGUUUAAUGUAAGAAGCAGGGCUCUAUUUUCUUGACGUUUUCCGUCCUUGCUCUUCAAGCCUCAAGACCAGUGCCAGCUUAGGCUGCCUCCUGGCCGAACCAAGUGCCAUAGUCUGUGCUGUGGCCCCUAUGUGACCUGACCAGCAAUAACACUUUGGACUUAUCUGGUGCCUUUCUUCCAAAAAUACUCAGAGUACUGUUACGUAAUUUACUGACUUUAAGGGAAACGGCAUAACUUUUUUGUUUUACACUAACAUUCUAUGGCGUUUUCUCCAAGCUGCAAUAACAAAUGCCAUUCAUGCUCGAGUCGCCAUCAUUCUGUCAUCUCAUUUUUAGCCAUCUCGGUACACUAUCCCUCGUUGCUGGGGAAUUCCAUAAAGAGUCUGUAAUGCGCCUCUGAAUCUCAGGAGAACAGAAGUUAUAAAUAGUGAUAUGAUUCUAAUAAUGGCAGCAAGAUCCUUUACCAAGCUGCCCAGUCAUUAAUAGAUAAUAGGCUUAGGGGUUAAUCUUUCAGUAAUUGAAUUCUUGAUAAUAACGUGUCGCAGUGGAGUAACAAUGCAAUUUUUUAAAAGGUGAGUACUAUGAAAAAAUCUGUGUGGCACCUUCAGGAAGCAAAAUACACAAUCUCAUUUGUCAUUUCUUCAUUAUAUUUUAAGUAACAAAACAAGUUAGGUUUUUCUUCCAUAUGUCUUGUGGAAUAAACAUAGUUUUGAAAGUAGGCCUGCAAAGGGUAUAUGUAUGCAUUAUGGCCAUUUAGUGACGUUAAUGAUGUAGAAUGUGGACUGCAUAGAGCUCUUCGAGGGAUUUCCUGAUGGCUGGGCUCCAUCCUAAGUCAUAUUCCAGCCCCGUGUUUUUGCGCUUUUGCAACAUAAACCUGUUAUAGAACUGAGCAUUCUUAGGCUCACAAGCUAUUUUCAGAAAAUAGACCUACAUGUUUUUAUGUACUAGAUUACCUUUGUUUCUACACCAUAUUUUUUUCUAUGAGUUUAAGGUGCCCAGUAUUACAGGUGUAGAAAGUACAGAGCCAUCCCUAUGGGUGAAGAAGCUGCAUAGAAGAGAUGGGAACAUGGCAGGAGUCAGAGCAGCUAAGGACAGACGAUUGAAGACCUCAGAGAGCCUUUGCCUUCUGGAGAGCCGCAGGAGUUCCUCAGCUCUGCUUAGGAUGACCAGUUUUCUUAUCCUUUGUCUUAGGCUCAGAUCUCAGCAGUUCAGAGCACAGAUCAGAAUAAACUGGCCUGGAUGACUGAAUUUUAGAAAACAAAGUUACACCCAUUUUCCUGCUAAGCUUCUGUUUCCUCAAUAUAGCAGGGAAGAGCCUGCUAUAAUGUUUUGACCCCUUGUGAUUCUUACCUCACUUAAAAUAUUAGGAAAGGUCAUAAUGGGAAAACAACAGAUGGAAUUCCUCAGUGGCUUUUGGCAAUGAAAUUUGUCUUCCAGUUAAUUGUUGUUAUUUUCAAAUGUCCUAUACUUGAAACGCUUUUCCACUGAUGGCAAUUUACUUUUAAUUGAGCUUUUGUUGAAUUUCACACUUCUCCCUGCGUUUUCCUGUCUUUUGGGGGGGAAAAACUGAUAUUCCAAAUAUAGCAAUUCCCAGAAUUUUAGAGUAAUUUUUUAAAAAGCUAUUAAUCUAUAGAAUUGAAACAAAAACAGUAACAAAAACAACAAAAAAAACACCUAUAAAGACUGGUUUAGGAAAGAUACCAUCCAGUUCUGCCAUUCGGGGUAGCUACUUCUGCAAAGUCUUGGCAGGGUCUCAGGACUGCACAAUGGUUUCACAGCUGCCUUUUUCCAUGUGACGAUACAGGAGGGAGGAAGGUCCAGGCCUAGGAAUGUC